AUGACAACUGAUGAGAAAAUUCGAGAUAAGGCGGCGAAAACCGCUGCAAGAGAAGCUGAGAAGAGGCGCAAGGAUCUUGAGAAACAGCAGGCAAGAGAGCAAAAGGCGCGAGAGAAGGAGAAAGCUGCUGCACUUGCAGAGGUCAAUAAGAUCCGCACUGAUAAGAAAACGUCAACGCCUGAGAUGAUCGUUGACAUCCCAUCUUCGCUAAAUGUUAGCACUACUCUUCAGAUCGAGACUUUGCUCAAAGACUUGUCAGUGCAGUGCCAACCAUGGACGAGUCCAGUAAACAAUGUCAUCCGAUGGAGACGGAAGGUGGCUGCAAGGUUCAACGAAGACCUUGGACAUUGGGAGCCAAUUCCUAUGCGGAUCGAGCCUGAAAAUCAGGUGCUUGUCAUUCUCACAGCGGCCGAAUUCGUGGAGCUCGCUCUUGGAUCUGAAGGGUCGGAUAUCGAAGCACAUGUUUUUAAGAUGAGACAAGACUUCCGCGACCAUACACUUAUUUACCUUGUGGAAGGUCUGACUGCUUGGAUGCGCAAGAACCGCAAUAUUCGCAAUCGGCAGUUUGUCUCAGCAGUUCGCAAUACCGGCGAAGGCGACUCCAGCGCACCGCCACCAAGUAGUCAGGCUCCUACUGGUCGCAAGAGAAAAAACGGUGCGCCGCAGGAGUACAUCUCUGAGGAUAGUGUUGAAGACGCGUUGCUGGAUUUGCAAGUUUUACACGGUGCUCUAAUCCAUCACACAAACGCAGCGGUUGAAACAGCCCAGUGGGUGGCCGUCUUCACGCAACAUAUUAGCACGAUACCAUAUCGUCGCCAGCGCGAGCAGGCGAACAUGGAGUCGGCAGCGUUCUGUAUGGAGACAGGACAGGUCCGUACGGGAGAUGGUACGAAGGACACCUACGUUCGCAUGCUGCAAGAAAUUGUACGCGUCACAGCCCCAAUUGCAUAUGGAAUAGCGGCCGAAUUUGACACCGUCUCGAGUCUCGUCAAGGGAUUAGAAGAGGGUGGCCCGCUACGGCUCGAGGGUGUACGCAAGAGUGCGAAUAAAGAUGGCGCAUUUAGUGACAGGAAUAUCGGGCAGGCUGUAAGCCGCCGGAUACACAAAGUCUUCACUGGCCGGGAUGAAAGGAGUACUGAUAUAUAA